AUGGAUAGUUAUAACCAAACAUCUACAGGCUUCAUUUUAUUGGGAUUGUUUCCCCCAUCAAAAAUAGGUUUGUUCCUCUUCAUUCUCAUUGUUCUCAUCUUCCUGAUAGCUUGGAUUGGCAACCUGUCCAUGAUCCUCCUCAUCCUCCUGGAUUCCCAUCUCCACACACCCAUGUAUUUUUUACUUAGUCAACUUUCUCUCAUCGACUUAAAUUACAUCUCUACCAUUGUCCCUAAAAUGGUGUCUGACUUUAUAUUGGGUAAUAAGCAUAUCUCCUUCAUUGGGUGUGGGUUUCAGAUCUUCCUCUUUUUGACUUUUGGGUGUGAAACCCUUUUGCUGGCUUCUAUGGCCUAUGACCGUUAUGUGGCUAUUUGUUUUCCUCUCCACUAUGCCACACGUAUGAAUAAACGAGUCUGUGUGCUGAUGAUAACAGGGUCUUGGGUGCUGGGCUCCAUUAAUUCCUGCGCUCACACUGGGUAUGCGCUGCACAUUCCUUACUGCCGCUCCAGAGCCAUCAACCAUUUCUUCUGUGAUGUCCCUGCUAUGUUGACUCUGGCCUGUAUGGACACAUGGCUUUAUGAGUAUACAGUAUUUGUGAGCACAGUCCUUUUUCUUGUGCUUCCAUUCAUUGGCAUAGUGUGUUCUUAUGGCCGUGUUUUCCAUGCUGUCUACUGCAUGCACUCUGGGGCAGGGAAGAAGAAGGCCUAUUCCACCUGUAGCACCCACCUCACUGUGGUAACUUUCUACUAUGCACCAUUUGCUUACACCUAUCUACGUCCAAGAUCUCUCCGAUCCCCAUCAGAGGACAAGGUUCUUGCAGUGUUCUACACAGUCCUCACCCCAAUGCUCAAUCCUAUCAUUUAUAGCCUAAGAAACAAGGAAGUGAUGGGGGCCCUGAAAAGGACAACUCACAGAAUUUUCUUGCAAAGAUGUAGACAAGUUGCCUACCUGAGUCCAGAACUUAGGUACAAGUGUACUCAGCAUUGGCCUUCUCCAAUUAAAGCAUACGAACUGGAAUAUUCCAAAAGAGAUCAGGGAUGA